UUCGAACAUCAAGAACCAAAAUAGACUCGUCUCUUGACCGCAUGAACGGUUAACCUUUUAAGUCUUUAUACAUUUUAUUUUGCAUCAGUUAUCUAAAAAUGGCGGGCUUACCUCCAGGGGACCCACAGUUGGUCUCGAUGAUUGUAAACCAUUUAAAAACACAAGGAUUGUUUGAUCAGUUUCGAAGGGAGUGCUUGGCAGACGUGGAUACAAAGCCUGCUUACUUAAACCUGAAGCAAAGAGUGGACAACUUUGUCUCAAAUCACCUUUCCAACCACACAUGGAGUCCACAUUUGAACAAGAACCAGCUGAGGAACAACAUCCGUCAGCUGGUAUUGCAAUCAGGGAUGCUGGAACAGGGAGUGGACAGAAUUGUGGCUCAAGUGGUCGAUCCCAAGAUCAAUCACAUCUUUAGGCCACAGGUCGAGAGGGUAGUCCGUGAAUUUCUGUCACCUGGAAGUUGUGUUGAUGAGCCCACUGCUCUGCUUACUGCCACAGAACCUAAAAUGGAUUCUAUUGAGCAAGCUGCAGCACCUUCUUCUCCGAUGAACACUACUACGAGCAGAGCGAUGUCGAUCUUGGACACCAUCACAACUUUGAGCCAAGAGGCAACUGAUAGGGCCACAGCUGAGAAGGGACCAAAACUCGAACCAUCAGAGGAACCCAUGGAGCUAGACGAAAGUAAGAAGGACACAAGUCAUACAGAGGAAGAGGAGGCUGCCCAAGUUAAGGCCCCUGAAGACAUGGAUGAAGAGAAGCUGGCGACUAAGGUGCAAGAAUUAGAGGUAAAGAGUGACAAUAAUGCACAAUCUGAAGUUGAAAAAGAAGAAAUAAAAGAAGAGGUAAAGAUGGAGGAGAAAGUGUCAGAUGUUCAUGAUGAGACAGUGGAGGAGAAGGACAAAUCUUCAACUAAAACGGCUUCCAAGACACCUUUGGAGAAACAAGAUGAAGAGCUGAAAUCCUCAAGUCAAGCCAAACAGAAAGCCAAAGAGAGGAUCAAAGAAGAGUAUUCCUUAGAGGACUCAGAUCUGGAGGGUCUGAGUGACAUCACCGUGAGCUCUGUUCACACUAGUGACCUGUCUUCAUUUGAGGAGGAAAGUGACGAUGCGCAGACUCCCUCUGAUUCUUCUGAGGAGGGAGAGGUUCUGGAUGAUGACAAAGAAAAAACUAAAGAAACUAGUGAUGAUGGAGAGGAAAAACAAAAGCCUCGGAGAAAGGCCUAUGUGCAUAAGCCCUUCCUGUACUCUCGAUACUAUAGCGACUCUGACGAUGAAGUUACUGUGGAGGAGCGUCGGAGAUCAGCGGCUAAGGACAAAGAGGAAAGAUUACUGAAGAGGCAGCAAAAUAGAGAACGAAUGGAGGAGAAGCGUAAGCAGAAGGCAGCACAGACGGAAGAACAAAAUAAGAAAAGUCAGAAGAGUGCAGAUGUUGCUGCAACUGAGCGCCCAAGAGCCAAGGAGGCACGAAAAGAACGAAAGGUUCUGGAGAAGAAAAUGGCUUUAAACAGAAAGAGGAAGUUGGAUUCAAGGAAAGAGGAUGAUGUGACAAGCAAGAAGAAAGAAACUGGAGAAGGCACCAAGAAAGUAGAAGCAAAGCCCACUCCUUCCAAAACCAUGCAGCAAAAGCCUAUGAGGCAUAUGUCUGAAUCUGCAUCGCCUGAUGAGAGGAGCAGGAGGGCGAGUGGCAGUGUGUCUGAGGAAGCUGAACCCAAAAAGAUCAGUGACAAAAACCGCACGCACUCCUUCAUUUUGGAACUGGAGCAAGGUUCUCAAGAGGCCCUCAAGUAUCGCUCCUUCAGUAAAUUUGACCGUCCGUCCCGCAAAGAGCUCAUUUUGAAAGAACGUAAGGAAAAAGAACGCCAACGGGCUAAACUCAAGCAGAAACAAGCUGAAGUUGAAAACACCCAAAAGGAAAGUGCGUUAGGGAAAGAGGAUAAGAACGUAAAAAGGAAAACUGAAGAAGAAAGAAAGAAGAAAACUGAAAAGGAGACAGGUGAUGUGAGUUCCAAAGAUGUCAAGAAGCUCAAAACUCCAUCAUUGGAGCAGAAAGCAGAGAAAGUACGAGAGAAGGAUAAAGACAAGGAUUCAAACAAGGACAAAGCUAAAGCAGAGAAAACAAAAACGGAUUUAAAACAGCUGGUUCGCCCAGAAUCUGGUGCUGGCUCCUCUGAGGACAAAUCUGACCUGGAGCCGGGUUCAGAUGCUACCAAAAAGAAGAACAAGCACCCUAAAGAGCUCCUUAAAAGAUCCAAGAGUCACACUGAUGAAAAACCCAAGUCCAAAACCAAUAGUAAAGAUGCUGAAAGGGAAAAGACUAAAGCAGGUGAUCCACAGAAAUUGAACAAAUCUGGUUAUGAAAGUGAAAAGGAUCCCAAAAAGGCCAAAAUUACAGAGAAGGAGAAAACUAAGCUAAAAUCUAAAGAAGAUGCCAAAAGUCCAGCAAUAUCCAAAAGCGAUAAAAAAGGUCAUAGCAGUUCAACAGGUUCCCCCAGUAUCAAAGAGGAGGCAACAAAGGAGAUGAAAAAAGUGGACGGUAAAAAGGAGCAGAGGAAAGACGAAAUGGCAAAAGUUGAAAAGAAAAUUGACAAAAAGAAAACUGACAAAAGGGAUCUUGAAGGUAAAGAUGACAGCCGGAAGGACAAACCAUCCAAACUUGAAAAGACAAAACCUCAAAAGACUGCUGUAUCCUCUGAGGAGCAGCCGAAGAAACCCGCUCUUCUCCCGGACACCAGCACUGACUCCGAGCCUCCUGUUGCCAUGGUGACUGCUUCUACAUCGGACGACACAUGUGACGCCCUGAGCGACAUCACCCCAGAACCCUCCGAGGGCGAAACCGAUCCGCUCAAAAUGACUGUGGUGCCUGCUGAAGCUGACGCCCUGCUCGCACUUGUCAACGUGUGCACCUCAGCCGACGCCCGCCUGCCCGAGCCCAGCGAACAGAGGGAGGGCGUGCAGGAAAGGGCCCAGCAGGAGGCUGAUAUGAAGAUGCAAGAGGCGGCGCUUACACUACUCUCAAUGGAUCCGGAUAGUACAGUAACGUCUGGUUUGAUCAGGCAAGAAGGAAAUGUAUCAGAGGAACCAAUGGAGGCAAGUGCAGCUGAUGUGAUGGACCAGACAGAUGUGCUUUCUGAUGUAUCCCCUGCUGAGGAAUCACAAGAUGAAGUUAAAGAAGAGAGUGAAGUUAUAACAGGUGUACCUGAAGGCACAAAAACAGAAGCACCGCAAGAAGAGAUGGUACCUAAGGAUGAAGGUACAAAACUUGAUGAGACUCCCACACUGAAGGAGGAAGCUAUGAAUGAGCUGCCUGCUGAUGUUACUCAAGAAGAAGCAACACAAGAAGCUACAAAUGUUGUAGACGUUGAAGAAAAAGCAGCAGAAGAGAGUGAAACAUCUAGACUAGAGCAAAGUGAUAUUGAGACUAAGAAUACAUCCACACAAGAGGCAGAGGUGAUCACAGAAGAGCACGUAACGAAGAUGGACAUGGAUACAAGUGAAACUGAAACUAAGGCUAAUGAGGAGAUGUGCGUUGCAGCGGAGCAAAGUGAACCACAGAUGAAGCCAGAAAGUGUUGAUCAGAUUCCUGAAAGUUCAUCAGAAUGUCGAUCUAAAUUAGUCAAAGAAUCUAGCUUCAUGUCCAGUACAGACAGUCAAGAAGAAAGGGACUCAGAAAAGGAGGAGAAAUCUUUGGGCAGAGGAAGACGUAAACGAAAGUUGUCAAUCCGUAAAAUGUCUGAUUCUGGUGACGGGAAAGAAAGUCAAGAGGAGGUGAGCGAUGAAAAUUUUGAAGUCAAAUCCCCACGAAGAGGACAGUUAACAAGGACAGAAGAGGCAGAGAAGAACCAAAAUGAAAAGGCAGAGACACCCACGCGAAGAGGACGCCGCCCAGCCAUGGCGAAACAGACCACAGAUGAUAAAACUGAAGCUGCAGAGAUAGACGUCGUGGAACAGUCAACCUCUGAAAAAACUGAGGAGAUGGAGGAACAAAAGAAUGAAGAAGAAAAUGUGAAGUUGAGCCAGGUUGAUGCAGUUGACCCAGUUGACUCUCCUCCAGAACAAAGUGAAAAUACUGAAUCCUCCAAAGAAGCCACUGAUACUGACACUGAUAAACCUUCACUAAAGAGGAAGCGCUCGGAAGAAACUAUGGAGCAAUCUGCUCCCAGUGUUAAAGAUGAUAUAGAGCAAAACGCUACACCAGAACCAGAUGAAGAAGAACCAGACAAAGACACUGUUUGUUCCCCAUCAGAAACAGAGACAGAGAAUCAAACCGAAUCCAAACAAGAGGACAGUGAAAAACAGGAGGAUACUGAAGACGAGCAACAAGAAGAACAAGAUGGAACCGUAAAGAGAGCUGCGCGGAGGGGCAGACCUCCUAAAGCAGCACUUGCCACUGAGGAUUCUGACACAAAAGCAGAUGAUCCAGAUAAGAGUAAAAAGGAAGAGGACGUAGAAGAAGAGGGGGAUCUGGAUGAAGAGGAUGAAGAUGAUGAGAAAGAGGAAGGAAAAGAGACUAAGACGCGAGCUACCACGCGUCUGGCAUCUCGUCUAGAGGCUGAGAGAAACAAGCCAAGUAAACCCUCCACCCGGGCAAGUCGACAGAGUGGCAAAGACGAGACCACCGCUGGCACACGCGGUGGAGCGAGGGGCCGCAAACGGGAGAGCAGCCCCCCCGUGGCGCGCACGCGGGGAGCUCAGAAAUCAGAGGAGCCCCCUUCCAAGCGAGCUAAACGCUAACAUGUCUGACACUGAAAAACUGCUGCCUUCAACACUCUGUUUCACCACUGCAUAUUCAAGGAAGAAGCAGGUUUAUUCCACCAAAAAGCUGUCAACAAAAAGGUAACUUGUUGAUUCUGGGAAAAAAAAUGUAUAAGUCAAUUUGAUUCCUUCUAAAUCUGUAGAUUUGUGCAGAAUACCUUUGACUUUACAGCCAUAUGGUUUGAAUCAGUCCUCCUGUACGUUCACAGUAAUACUCUGUAAUAGAGUUUCAGGUCACUGGUAAGUAGUGGAGUAGUGUUGUUCUUGGAGAUAAUGAACUGAGUUGAAUUGUAAAUUACAUCAGGUUCACUUUUAUAUGUCACGUUGUUUCAAGUGUUUUAUCUCUGCAUUGUACCAAGCGGCCACACGGAGGCAUUUUAAAGUAUAUUAUUCAUUCUAUGAAUGAUGAGGCAUUUAUAUCCUGUUUUACUUUGUUUUUAUACAUGAUGGGUCUGUUCAUUAGCAAGAAUACUGCUGUUCCUGCAGUUGUCUUUUUAUACUUUUGUGUUUUAUAUUGUCAAAAGACAAUACAUGUUUGUCAUAUACCAGUAUGUCAGUACUGUAGAACAUUAACUUUUACAUAAAUGUUUUUGUUUAAAGCCUGUUGUUCCUUCUGAUCAUUUGUUUGACCUUUUUUUUUAUCUGUAAAUUCAGUCUGAACACAUGUGGAUAAAUUAAAUAGUAUGUUCUUAUAUUAGUGCUGCAAGAUUAAUCACAAUCAGAUCAAACUCACAAUUUCAGUGACAAAUCACAAAGGCUGCACUUUUUGGAUUACCAUCAUUUCCCCCACCGUAUUUUGCAUAAAAACUGCUGACCUUGUAGUUAGAUCUGUGCAAACAUGUUCUGAAUUGUAUUAGACUUAAAAACCUGAGUUCAUA